AUGAAUAGGAGGAAGAAAGAUUUCAGGGAAGGAGACAAUGAAAGCGAAUUCUACAAUGGGAAGAUGAAAAAAGGAAUUGGGAAACAUCACCCAAAAACUGUAAAAAUCAUUAAUGAUUUAGGCCAUGGAUUGCCUCUUACCCUUGCCUGUAAAUCAAAGAACUAUGAUCUUGGUGUCCACACUCUAAAACCAAAUGGCUUCUUCAAGUUCAACUUUACACCAAACUUCUGGGGGACUACACUAUUCUUUUGUAGAUUUACGUGGAAAAAUCAAAGCCAUUGGUUUAAUAUCUAUGACAACGCUAGAGGUGAUGAAUGCGUGAAUUGCACUUGGAAGAUUAGAACUACUGGUGAAAGCUCACCUGAUCGUGCAUGA